AUGUCAGUGUACGAUCUAUACUUCUCCUUCGGGAAGCCGGGUACCUACACCCUAGAUCACACCGAGGGGCAUUGUAGCCAGCGCAUGCCAAAAAACUACUACGAAUGGACAGAAAACCGUCCCAUCAAAGCAAUAAAGCAUCUAUCGUCUGACGCGCAUGACAAUAUCUUCAUGGUUUGGACUUCAGAUAAUCGAUCGCUCGUAUGCGAAUCACACCUCAAUCCGAUCUACCUCCCACUGCAGAGAUUCUGCGCCAAAGAAGGAGACGUCAACUGCCGAGUCCAAUUCGGCCCCAUACUCGGCGAAUACUUCGUCACCAGUGAAAGGACAGGACGGUGUCAAUGGGUCUCCCGGCAACUUGACCGGGAUAUGAGUACCGAAACCGGGCGAUUCAAACUGUGUUCCCUCGGAAUUGACGAUACCUAUGUGGCCAUUUUCACCGAUGGUUCGGUGAAGUGGUCUCUCGGUGACGAGUAUCCUGGACUCCUAAAGAUACUCAAACGGGUUCGACAGGGUGAUCUGGUGUUCGCUGCGCUGAAUCCCUACCGAGCUAAUGAAUUCUUCGUCGCCCUUGCGGAUGGAAUCGUGCAUAUCAGAGCUAGUGCCUUGGUCGAAAAACAUGUUCUGGAUGUUCUGGCUCAGUAUCCUAAUUUGAUGGUUGUCACUAGCGAUGUCAUCAAGUAUACUCGCACUAUAUCCGGAGACCAGGGAUUUCUGACAAAAUUCCGAACGAAGGAUUUUAUUAAAUUCAUAGCUAAAAAUGUGGCUGGAGGAGUGAUUUCGUCCGCAGUGGCUGCUACCUUUUCUUGCACUGUGAUGUGA